AUGGCGCUCCCUCCCAAGUUUGCCGGCCAGAAACUGCACUUUGGGGACCUGGCCCAGCCCAAUGCCGCCGUCCCCCCCGCUCCGCACACUCUCGAGCUCUACCUGGACUACGUCUGCCCCUUCUCCGCCAAGAUCUUCAAGACGUUCACCACCCAGGUCGUGCCCUUGAUCCGCGCCAACCCCGUCUGGGCCUCCAACUUCACCCUCAUCUUCCGCCAGCAGGUCCAGCCCUGGCACCCCUCGUCCACGCUGGUCCACGAGGCCGCCCUGGCCGUUCUCAAGCUCGCGCCCGAGAAGUUCUGGGACUUUAGCGCCAAGCUGUUCGAGGACCAGAAGGCAUACUUCGACGUCAACGUCGUCAAUGAGACCAGGAACAACACCUACAGGCGCCUGGCGGACCUCGCUGGGAGCGUUGGCGUCGACCGGGACCAGGUCUACAAGCUGCUCGUGAUCCCGGACAAGCCAGGCGAGGACGGCUCGCUCAACUCGGGCAACGGGGUCACGGCCGACCUCAAGGUUGUGACCAAGAUGAACCGUCUCAUUGGCGUCCAUGUCACUCCCACCGGUGUCUUUGACGGCGUGGUUCAAGAUAUCAGCUCCGGGUGGACUCCUGAUCAGUGGAAGGAGUGGCUGACCAAGAAUGUCGUUUGA